UCCCUCCCCCCGCGGAGAGGCUGUGCACGGAUAUUGUUACAAUGUGUAAAGUCAGCCUGUGACAGCGGGAGACGGGAGUGGGAGCAGCGCUCCACAACAGCUGAAACCCGUGCAGCAGGGCUCAGCAUGUCCUCAGCACGGCAACUGUGAGACCAACACGCAGUUGACAUCCUCCUCCGAAGAAAUAACGUUGAAGAGAAAAAAAUGUAUAUUUAUUAUAUGUGUUUUUGAAAAGAUAUAUACCCAUCUAUUAACCGAUCCAGCGCGCCGCAUCCUCUCAAUCCCGAAAGGAUGGAUGAUCCUGUUCACCAGAGAGUGACCCAUCACCACCCCUAGAUGUUCCUGCCAAGGAGGAGGUAGUGAAGGAGGAGCAGGCAGAGUUCAUCAAGGUGAAGAGCCUGUGGCUAGAAAGCACUCUGCACAGUUGCAUCCAUGCCUGCUAAGCACCAGGAUCAGUUAAAGAGUUAUGAAGAGACCUGCUGUAGUAUACACCCAGCUAGAUCUCACUCUCUUUUGAAGUGGAAGAUGUGGCUUAGAAUGGCGACCACUGUCUAUGGUCCUCAGUCUAAUGGACCCAGAGAGGUGACUAUGUUACCAUGGUGACUCUGUUAAUGAAAAAUCUGGAAAACAAGGGCUUGGAUUAUGGUAUACGCAACAUUUUCAACAAAGAACUGCACAGUCCAAAGAAGAUGAGUAAAGGACCCACUCUCCUUUCGUGUGGAAUUAUGGAGGGUGAUCGGUGGAAAGACCUCAACAGGAAUUGUCAAAUUGACCUUGAGCAAACCACCAGUAAUCUGGAUCCACCUUGGACUUGUUUGACUGGCUCAGAUGAGUAUCAAGAGAAUGCAGUCUGGCCAAGUGAUGCAAGUACAACGUCUGCUGUGACCAGUUUAAUCAAAGACCUCAGCCUCAGUGACCGAAGCAGCAACCCAGCAGCACCUCCCAGCAAACGACAGUGUAGGUCGCUCUCAUUUUCAGAUGAACUCUCAAGCUGUCGGUCACCGUGGAAACCAAGUGGGUCAAAGGUGUGGACUCCAGUAGAUAAAAGACGCUGCCACAGUGGGAGCAGCGUGCAACAUUGUUCAAACGGGGUGUCUACAAUGCAGAGGAGUUCAAGUUUUAGUCUGCCUUCAAGAUCCAAUGUCUUGUCUUUUCCGUGUGAACCCUUGGCUAGCAGCAACAGGUCUGUGUGCCCUCGGGGCCAGGGCUUCUGGACCUCACCCACUUGUGGAAGGUUUGAAGAUGAUUUGCACCCUGAUUCCAGUUCAGGAAUUGCCUCCAGGGUCGAUCUGCUGCGACCCCUUUCUGCAUCUCACGAGCAGAUAUCUGUGCUGGAGCUCGGCAAGCCAUCCACAAACACAGCAUCUGCCACAGCCCCAGACCACGCGCAGCAGACCAGCCGCCUGCUCCGAUGCAGGUCCCAGCCGUGUGUCCACAACGAUCAGAAAGUUGGGAUGAAACGCCGGCGACCAGAAGAAGAGCAAAGGCCGUCCCUUGACCUUGCCAAGAUGACUCAGAACCUCAGGAACUUUCACAGCCCUAACUCUGUGGGCAGCACUGGGAACGACAGCUGCCUCUGGGAACCGAAUGCAACAACAGGAAAGACGUGGACAUGCCGCCUUUACGAUUCUUCUCCCCAACCAGGCACAACACCCACCUGCAGUCCUGAACCACGGCAUCAUGGGGACUUGGAAAAGCCCUCUACCAGCAAAGGGGAAACCAGCAGGAAGGAAAUGAAGGUGUUUGGAACUGUGAAGCAAAGCUGUCAAAGAGGCGAGAAUGAUAAAGACUCAUGGAGGAGGGGGAAAGCAGCAAAGGAUGUAUUUCAGCUGGAUGGUGAACUGGACAUUGAGCAGAUAGAAAACAACUAGGUUAUCAGGUUCUAAAGUGCAUGAGCAGAAAUGAUCUAUAAAAUUCUGCGGUUUGUUGCAUUUUUUUUUAGUUGUUUUGAAUAGUGCUCCAAGGCACUUGGUCAAAAACUUCAUAUCUAACAUGUCCAUACCUAAAAGAUGAAUUUGCCAGCAGAGAGUCAGGCAGUCAUGGUUCAAUGGGGCAUAAACAAAGGGGAUUGGAGGUAAUUGUUAGUUUUUAACCUGUUCAUGGUACAACAGUUUAAAAAUGCCCAUGUCUUGGAGGUUAAAGCUGGGCUCGAGGGUCACACUGUACAUGUUUUCAAUACAAGCUUAAUCAUAGUUUUUUUUAUGUGUAUAAACUGUUUCAAUGCAGUGUGAACGACAUUUAUAACUUCGAUCUAGUAAGUGACACUUCACCACCUACACCCCACCAAAUCCAGUAAAUGAAUGUCUAACAGAGAUGCCAACUUUCCAACCACAAACUGUGAUCUCAAUGGAUUCAUGCCACAAAUGCAAUCUGUCUCAUGCUGCACACUUGCACUCUUUUUGUUUGAUUUGUAUUUUCUUAUAUCUAUACCCACUUUUUUUUAAAGAAAAAGUCUUAUUAAUGUUUAUUUUGUGUCUUUCCAUUUUCUUCUUGCAAGCAAACUUUUUUGUUACCCUUUCCUUAGCCACAGCGUGCGAAAGCGAGCCGCUCUGGUUUUGACUGCAGGCAACACUCUCCGGCAUGUUUGUACUGCUGAUGCCUGUACUGCAUUACUGCAGAUACUUUUUUUUCUCCCACUUCCAGUGAGUGGAAAGGAAAGGAUCAAAAUGUGGGUCUCCCUGCAUUAUGUUCGCAUUUGCUGGCACUGAGACGCAGCCGUGUGCUCUUUCAGAGAGUGAACACAGGCACAGCGGUUGCCUUCUGUGCUGUAAGUUUCCACAGAGCCACUGGUAUCUUUGCAAGACUUAUCGAUAGGCUCUCAGCCAAAUGACAUUAACAGUCUUAACUGGGAGAUGGUGACAGCUUAUGACAAUGAGGAGAGAGGAGAAACAAAGUAUUAAUAUAAUCAGUGUGAUUCAAAAAUAUUAUACUGGCUUGGAACAAUAAAUAAGAGGAGUUCUUAUAUAAAUGUAUACAGGUUGAAGAUGUACUACUUAUGGAAAUUACCUGAAAUCCUGCCAAAAUCAGGAGAGUUGGCAUCACUGACUUUGGACACCACCAGAUUUCUGGUUGUGUCUCCUGCAGACUCAGGGUGUCCAUAAUGGACUUGUAGUAUGAACAUUUAAAAAAAAACCCACUCGGCAUUGAUAAUUUAUAUUAAAAUUGUUCAAAACAAGACAAACAUGUUUUCUACUGCAUUAUUUUCUAUCACUGACAUUUAACUAACUAUUUACAGUCUCAGCCUUUGUGAUCAGCUUAAGUGGAAAUUAGGAUAUUAAAGAUAAAACCAGUGCUUUUGGUUUCAGGUGGACCUUGAGAGAAUGAAUACAAUAUAUGAGGUAGGAAUGAGGCAGGGUAUGGAAACCCUGCACUUUUGUGAGUGUGACUUUCUUUGUUAAGGUAUUACGUUCUCUGGAAUAACAGGAAUUCUAAGAAAAACAACUUGGAAGUAUUUUAAACUUUUUUUUCCAAAUGUAGACCAAGCAAUAUUUACACCUAUACAGUACUUACCUGCAUGUGCUAAGGCAUCUGAUGGGAGCACAAUCAAUUGUUUUAUGUUAAGACCUUACAACUCACGAAAUGCUGUCAAAUACAUGAUGACUCAGAGAUGAGCCACAAAAUGGAGUGGCCAAAUGCAGUUUUCAAACCAUUAGUAGCAGCAAUAAUGCAACACUGCGUAACCUGUUUGCCUUACUUCAAAAGCUUACACAGUAAAUGCUACAGUUAUAUGUGGCAAGUCUGGGCAUUUUAAACUUAAUGAACUUUAUGCUAGCAAAUCUGGGUGCAUAUUCUGUAUAAAAGACUGCUUACAUGCAGUGAAAACAUGGGCUACAGUUGCUGAAAUGAAUUGGAGAACACUACUGUAUUUCAGAAUGUUUAUUACAUGGUUUUUACCUUGAAGCAAGAUUUUCUCUGAAGAUCCAGGACAUGUUCUGAAUCAGUAAACUUGAUUGUUAUAAAGUGAGUGUCUUCAGCAAAACUGUAUCAUUUCCUGUUGUUUUACAAUGGCUG